AUGCCACCAAAUGAGACACUCUUUUUGGAGUCCACGACCCGGAUCCAGAAGGAUUCAAUCCACUCUUUUAUGGACUUCCAAGUUUGGGAUUUCCCAGGUCAACUUGAGUACUUUGAGUCCGCCUUCGACCUUGAGGAUAUUUUCGGCAGUCUGGGCGCCCUGGUUUGGGUGAUCGACGCACAGGAUGACUACCUGGACUCGGUGGCGCGGCUCAACCGCACCAUAUUGACUGUUCAGCAGUUCUAUCCCGGAAUCAACAUCGAAGUCUUCAUUCACAAGGUCGAUGGACUGUCAGACGAGUACCGCACCGACACGUUCCAGGACAUUGUGCAGCGCAUCUCGGACGAGCUCAGUGACGCUGGAUAUGAGAAUGCGCCCGUACACUACUAUCUGACUUCCAUUUACGAUUACUCUGUGUUUGAAGCCUUCAGCAAAGUUAUUCAGAAGCUGAUCCCCAACUUAUCUACACUUGAGAACCUCAUCAACACUCUCGCCAACAACUGUGGGUUUGAAAAGACAUACUUGUUCGACGUUCUGAGUAAAAUUUAUAUCGCCUCCGACACCCGACCCGUCGACAUGGCUUGUUACGAGAUGUGCUCUGAUUAUAUCGAUGUGAUUGUCGAUAUCUCCGAGUUGUACUCCUGGGAUCACCCAGUUCGCAAGCGAUUGGGCGACCAGAUUCAAGAAGCGGAAAGUCAUGUGGUGUUGCAUGAUCAAACCAUGAUCCAUUUGAUGGAAAUGAACAAGUACCUCUGUUUAGUGUCGGUGAUUCGCAACCCCGAAGCUAAGGACAAGCGAGGCCUGAUUGAUAUGAACUGCCGUACUUUCCAAGACGCUCUGAACGAAGUCUUCUCGCGUAGUUGGGAAGAAGGCAAUGGGCCGGACAAAGAACCAAAUUCCAAACAGAAUUCUAGCAGCGAUGAAACCAACCAAGACCACGGCAUAAGCCUGUUGGACAUAAUUCGCGUGAUUGUGACCCUACUCGUCGCUUGUGGCGGUCUCUCAUAUUACAUGACUUCCUCCGAGUCUGUAUUGUGGGGUUACAGACCAUGGUAUACACGGUGGCCAGUGGUGAAGCAGUGGGUGCAAGGCCCUGUUAACCUGACACCAAGCCAACUAUCCCUCUACAACGGCACAGACACCAGCCUCCCCCUCUAUGUUGCGGUGAACGGGACCGUCUUCGACGUCUCGGAGAACCGUAUGAUCUACGGACCGGGCGGGAGCUACAACUUUUUCGCGGGGCGGGACGCAACACGGGCCUUUGUCACGGGAUGUUUUAAAGAGGAUCUUACGAACGACAUGCGCGGUGUUGAGAUUAUGUUCAUGCCUGUUGAGGAUGUUGAGGAAGAGGGUGUGACCGCUGCACAGAAGAAAAUCCGUCGCGAGAAAGAGUUACGGGCUGCUAGAGCGCGGGUUGAGGCGACUGUGCAGAGGUGGACUGGAUUCUUUGCGAACCAUGCGAAGUAUUUUGAGGCCGGGAGGGUUGUGGUUGAGGAUGGAGGUGUUGAGGGGGAGCCGUGGCCGCUUUGUGAGAGUGCGCAGAAGCAGCGACCGAAGAGGAGUGCGAUGGUGGAAAAGGAAAAGUCGUAG